AUAAUUUAAUUUUGUGUUUGUGUUGAAAAUUUUUAAAAUGUGCAAAUUAUUUCAUGGAUAUUGACAGCAUGAUUUUUUCAUUUCACUGGUGAAAAAGUUCACGAAUCCGAAAUGGAGAUAGAUUAUGAUUAAAAAUUGAAAUGUUGACCAAAAGAUAGGAAAGUCUCACAAUUGGUCAGAUAAGGCUGAAAAUAAGGAGAGCUAAAAAUGAUUUCAAGGAGGUUUAUAAUGAAAUUUGCUCCACCUUAAGAAAUGAUAAAUGUUUUGAUGGCGCAUGAGUUCAAGAUGAUUCAAUGAGACAAAAAAAGCUGAUAAUGUGAUGAUAAUGAAAGAAGAAGAAAGCAGAAGAAAGAGAAAAGAAAGCGAAAAGAAGAUGAUGAAGAAGAUGAAGAUUAAAAAGGGGAAAACAAUUCAACUCCCGCCUGGUUUCUCCGCCUUACAAGUGGCGAAAAGAGAGGUAAAUAGACAGAAAAAAGAAAAGAGAAAAAAAGCGACAGAGACAAGUACAGAGAGACAGAGAGACAUAGAAAGAGAGGUUAAGAGAGAGGAAAACAGAGAAAGACUGGCGAGAAAGGGAAAGGAGAGAGAAAGAGAGAGAGAAAGAGAUUAUAGUUGAACAAGUAAAUGGGCAAACCUUUGUGGGAUUAUCAUUGAAAUGAUGAUUUUCACAAAGCCUUUUCGAUGUUACUGUUGCAAAGUAUCAAACAUCCGUACGAUUCAACGUACGAUACUAAUAAUGGAUCAAAUAAUUCUGUUGAUGAAUCAGGGCCACCUUCAUCGGCAACAUCAGGUUCAUCAUCAUCAACUUCAUCGUCUUCCUCAGCUGGAUCAACAACAUCAUCAUCAUCAUCCUCAUCAUCGUCUACGACAACAACAACAAACCAACAACAAUCUCAACCUCAACAACCUCAACAACCUCAACAACAUCAACACCAACCUCAACACGUAGGAAGCCAACAACAAACACAACAGUCUACAUUAACUUCAAGUCAACCUGGACCAAGUACACCUGGUUGCUCAUCAAAUCACUCAUCUGAAUCACCAGGAGAUUCCUAUUUAACGAUAGCUGAAGAGUUGACAGGAAUCCAUCAGAUAAGGAAAGAUUGUGUCAUUUACACUUAUUAUAAAGACUGUUCCAGAGCCAUACAAGAUCAUUUUGAUAGAUCAUUGGCUUUAUUUGAUGGCAAAUCCACUGUUAAAGAUAUUGUUCCUCUUUUGAGUGAUCGUAAUUUACCUCAAUCAUUUUGGAAUGUAAACGGAAUUCAUCAUCAUCAUACUCAGCUUGUUCAUCACCAUAGUCAACAUCAUCACCAACUACAUUCAGUCCAUCAUUCACAUCACACACAUCAUCCACACCAUCCUCAUCGUCAUUCACAUCAACUGCACCAUCAAGGAAUUGGUUUAACAAGUACUCAAAGUAGCACUGAAAGUACCAAUAAUAAUAAUAACAAUAGUACCAAUAGUCAUCAACAUCAUUCUGUUUCGUCUCAUCUGCAUUCACAUCCCCAAUCCUCUCAACCAGCUCCUCCUACACCGUCAACAUCAACUCAUCCUCCUCCAGCACCACAACAGGCAACAUCAACAGCUUCCUCCUCACAUCAUUCACCUCAUCAUCAUGCCUCUGUCCAUCAUCAUCCCCACACUCAUUUACAAGCCAAUCAAACGAUGGUUUCCGGUUCAGGUUUUCCGAUUCUUGCCGCAGCCGCAUCUUCAGCAGCAUCGGUGGCAGCGGCGGCUGCUGUUGCCUCUGUAAGUCAACAAGGAGGAGCAACAGUCAGUAGCGCCAAUCAUGAUCUGUAUUCCAGUGAUCCGUACCAUACACAUUACCAUCAUCAUCAUGCCCAUCAUCCUCAUCAUCCUCAUGCUGCAGCCGCAGCGGCUGCUGUUGCGGCUCAUCAUCAUAAGGCUGCCACCAGUUUACACCAUCAUCAUCCAACGAUUCAUCACCACCACCAAGGUGAUGCAGCUUCCAAUGUUGCCGCAGCUGCAGCAUCAGCUUGGUCACAUUAUUCAUACGCACAUCAUCGAGCAGCUAGUGCGGCAUCAAUGCACGAUCUAACUGCUGCUGUUGGUAGUGCCAAUAGACUGAGUCAUCCAUCGGCUCAAUAUAGUUCACUGCUGCUUCCUCCACCUCCACCACCUCCUCCUCCAGGUUCGAUAGCUGCCGCAAGAUCCCGAUUUAGUCAGUGUGGUGGAUUUGAAUUGAGCCAAAUGACUGCUCCUGAAAUGCAUUGGCCAUCAACGAGUAGAUAUGAUUUUUCUACGCAUCCCCACGCAAUCGAUGCUAACUACACAGCGUCAGCUGCUUAUGGAGCAACAGUAGGAUAUGGAGAUGAAUAUUUGUAAAUCAUGGUGUCAACAUAUUAUGUUCCAAUUUAUAAAAAAAUGUUACUAGCUGAGGAAAUACAGACGAUUACCAGUUUAUUUAAGUUAACUUUACCCACUAUGUUUCAACCGAUAAAUGCAUAAAUUGUAUUGGAUUGGGUUGCAUCUUUAAAGGAAAGAAUCAAUAAGAUUGAUUUAGUUUUGUACAGAGAUGAAGGAGACAACGCAAAAAAUUGAUGAUCAUGAUUUAAUUAUGGCACCGAUUGAUUCAAUAAUCUUAAUUUACUUGGAUUGCAAAUUGAUUUAUCCCACACCAUCUUUUUUCUUUGUCCUCUUCACGAGAUAACUUUUAAAAACAAAAAUGGUGCAAAAAUGUCGUCUUUUGUUUGUUUCAAAACAAUUAAAGAUAAAAACUUUCAGUUGCUCACAAUAGUAAGCUCAACAUUUCCUGAAACAUUUUUAAGUAAUUCAACGGCUUCCUCAUGAGUAACAUCUUCUAAACUUUUAUCGUUAACAGCAACAAUCUGGUCUCCUUGGUUUAAUCGUCCA